GGAGGGGCCCAGAGGAGCUGCAGAACGGCCUUGUUUUUUCACCACUAGCUCCUCAUCUGCGUUAGCCCCAGCAGAGCAGACGCAAUUAUCUUCAUCACACAUUUCACAAGAAGAAAUUCCUGCAUUCCCUCACCUAUUGAAGGCAUAUCUUUAGGACCCUCCUCGGAACUCCAUUUGUAAACACAAACACUGCGACACAAAAGACGGUGAGUGAGAAGACGACACAAAAGACUAGACGAAUAGGAUCACAUUCUUGAAGCAUCUGCUGCAUUUCUUCAGCCUCAGUAUAGACAGGCAUCACAACGACAUGAUUCAUUGAAAAUAAAUUACUUGAAACAAAGAGUAUGUUAAUGUAGUGACUAACUACUAUUUACUUCUCUAAAAUUGUGUGAAAAUCUAUAGAAGUCCAUAAAAACUAUUUGGGAUGUUCGUGUGAAUUGUUGUGAUCUGCUGAAAAGAGUGACUGAAUUAGUGAGAUGCAUGGGUGUGUGUGUGUGCAUGUGUGUGUGUCAGGGGGAGGGUGCAUUAGUGGGUUUCAGACAGCAAAGAGUGUUGCAGUUAUCUAGGAAUCUGAGCCAAAGCAGCGUGAGAGCAGAAGAAAGAGGAUGACCAAGACUAAGAUGGACUGAGCAGAAGAAGAACAAAAAAGAGAGAGAUGACAGAAUUGAUUGUUGCAAACAGGACACAGGCAGAUUAAAAAUACAAAGAUCUAAAAUCAAAAGAUAAUCCAGCCAACACUGAAGAGCCACAUCCUGAAAUGUGACAAGAGUGGAAAGUUUGCAGAGAUCAAGAACAACAGGACAGACAACUCCAAGUUGGACAAACAUCACUUUUGCUCAUUAUUCCUCGUGGUUCACCGGGCAUGCUUACUCUGCUGUCUCUGUGUGUGGGAGCUUUGCUCUCCUGUCAGGCAUCUCCAGACUGCACACAGCCUCCCUGCAGGGAGAAUCUGGUGGCAGCACCCAUCCUACCUGCUACUGGAGUAGGAACCGGCACAUGUGAGGGUCAACAGGCCUGCAGGAAGGGAGUCUCGCUACUGGCCAUCUCAGAUGCCCCUUGGAAGGUAGAGCAGAGGCCAGACUUUCCUCAGAUUCAGCCACAGGGCGGAGGUGUGAAGGAGCGUCUGGUUCAGCUGCAGCGCUGCAUGCUUUCUCUCCAGGAAACAGGGGAAGCUUGGAUUGGGCAGGACAGCAACUCUCUGGGGGCCAUCCUGGCGCUAAUGGCAGCCGUGCUGACAGAGUGUGACCUCCACUGUCACAGUCAAGCCCUCGGGGCGAUGGCUAAACGACUGGAGGGUGCAGCCGUGGGAAGAGAGAGGGAGAAAGACCUGCUUCUUUUCCUCAAGAGCAUUACACAUCAUCAUCCUACAGUCGCACCGUUGAAAAGGUUGCAUCCUCAGGACUGCGCAGAGAUUUACAGACUGGGGAUCAAAGAGAACGGUAUCUACACCAUUCAGCCUGACCUGCACAGACCAGCACUGGAGGCUAAAUGUGACAUGGUGACGACGGGAGGCGGGUGGACAGUGAUCCAGAACCGUCAGGACGGCUCAGUGGACUUCAACAGGACGUGGCAGGAAUACAGGGAGGGCUUUGGCAAUCCGCAACGGGAACACUGGCUGGGCAAUGCAGCCCUGCACACACUCACAUCCACUGGCCAACACCAACUUCAUAUAGAGCUGGAGGACUGGCACCAACAGAGGCGCCAUGCCACCUACAACAACUUCAAAGUAGCCUCAGAGGCACAGAGGUACCGCCUGACAUCUCGGGAGUACUCCGGUGAUGCAGGCAAUGCAUUGAGCUACAGCAAACGCUACAACCACGAUGGCAGAGCUUUCAGCACCACUGACAGAGAUCACGACCGCUAUGCUGCUGGAAACUGUGGUCAUUACUAUGGUGCAGGGUGGUGGUUUGAUGCCUGCCUGGCCGCCAACCUGAACGGGCACUACUACCGGGGGCGUUACAGCGGUGUGACUAACGGCAUCUACUGGGGGACGUGGUACAUCCUCACUGAUGGGCGAACUGGUGAACGGUACUCCUUCAAGAGAGUAGAGAUGAAGAUAAGACCAUGGGACUUUGCUGAUUCAUCAUAAAAAUGGGGGAAAAAAUAGUCACACUCAAAAUGAGCUGCAAAGUAGAUACACAAAUUGAAUUGAAUUGACAAUCAUUUGUUUGCUGCAGUCACUGAAGGGACCUCACCAUUUUAGACUAAACCAAAUGUUCAGGUCGAAGAAGAAAAAAAGCCAAAUAUAUCUACGUUUCUGUAUGAAAACACUGUUACCA